CAUAUAUUAUAAAAUGUAAAAUAGUUCAAAUUUAAAAAGACGGAAUCCGAGACUGUUAGUAUGGAGAAAGGGAUGUGUUCUCCCACAAAACUAGCGAGAGGAAACUGCCUGAAAGGCAAAAAUAAGGGCUUCACUAUCCUAUUACACACCGGAAGCUGUUGUAUGUACUUGAAGCAAGAAAGCAGUGUGGUUCUUGUUGUGGCGAUUAACACGUACUUACAGGGGCAUAAAUGAAUUCAUGAAUUCAACUUUCUAGUGAUUUCUGAAAGCUUUUCCGCCAUGGCCCCCCUUCUGCUAAAGCAUCUGGCUACCUCCUUAGCUAGGCAAGUGGCCCAGAUGAGCCACUGGCGUCUGACCUUGUCCUCACCGGCAGCCUUUGUUCACAGAUCUCUCUUUAUGCUCACCGGCGGUUCUCGUGCAUUUCUCCCAUCAUCGGCCAGCAUCAGCUCCAUCCAGCUCCCUUCUUCUGGCUUCUCGGCUCGGCGUGAAACCUCUCUGUUGGGACAGUGUCGGCAUGUUCCCUGCGUUCAGCCCUCUGCAGGAAUGAAAACCAAAACUGCCCUGAAGAGGCGCUGCAAGGACUGCUUCUUUGUUAUAAGGAGGGGACGUUUGUUUGUGUUCUGCAAGACAAAUCCAAGACACAAGCAGAGGCAGGGCUGAAGUGUUGUACGAGCGUGGGGGUGACUGCACCCAAGGCGUGGAUAUUUACGAAAACUGUGCUGAAGUAAUAAAUUGUUUGGCUGAAAAAUA